AUGACGGUCAGUCAUCGCAAGAACAAGCCCACGCCCAAGACCGAAGACGGCUCCAACACAGCCGCUGCCGAGCCGGGCGUCCGCUACCAUUGCGAUGCCUGCGGUGCCGACAUCACCCUCACCGUCCGCAUACGAUGUGCGGGCGGCUGCACCGACUUUGACCUCUGCGCAUCAUGCUUCUGCUCGGGAGCGCAGCCGGGCAAGCACAAGGCAUGGCACGACUACCGCGUCGUAGAGCAGCACUCGUAUCCCAUCUUCUGCGACGACUGGGGCGCCGAUGAGGAGCUGCUUCUCAUCGAUGGCUGUCAGACCUACGGGUUGGGCAACUGGGCGGACAUCGCGGAUCACAUUGGGAAUCGCAAUAAGGAGGAGGUGCAGGACCACUAUAUCAAGGUCUACGUCGAAGGGCGCGAUGGAGGGGAUGGAGGCGAGCACAGGGCAGAACAAGCGUUACAGAGGUACGGCAGGGUCGCGAAGCCAGUCUUUGACCCGUUGGUCGAUGGAGAGGGCACCGGCAGUCGGGUGGCAUGUCAGUUGACAACAGAGGAGCCACCGGUCGUCGGACCGUCGAUGGCAUUCGCACCGUCAAUAUCGCAAGACGAGUUCCAGCGACGCAAGAGGCGGCGAGUCGAAUCACUUCGAGAAGCACAAGCCUCCUACUCGCCGCCCAAGUCAGCCAAGCCGCUCGUCAGUGCGCCGACCAACCACAGCGAGCUGAGCGGGUUCAUGCCGGGUCGACUCGAGUUCGAGCACGAAUACGAGCAGGAUGCCGAACAUCUCAUCAAGGACAUCGAGUUCGGCCGUGUCUACGAGUUUGGCGGUGCCGACAUGCCAUCCGAAUGGGAGGCGCUAGGCAGCAAAGCGACGCAAGGCCACGCGAGGAUGGAAGCCAGUGGUCGUGGUGGUCCCACCAGCAAGAAGGCAACGCAGAACUCCGACGACGACAAGGAAGCCAACGCCGACGAAGAAGCCGACGACCAGUCCGCAGCCGACGCCAAGGACAAGGACAAAGACAAGGACAAGGACGCCGAGCCCGAAGACAAGCCGUUCGACUGGGACGAAGACCCCACCGAUCUGCAUCUCAAGCUUACCGUCAUCGACAUGUACAACGAACGGCUCGAUCGACGAUUGCGGCGCAAGCACUUCAUCUUUGAACGCAACCUCAUCGACUACCGGCGCAACCAGGCUGCGGAGCGACGUCGGACCAAGGAGGAGAAGGAGCUGCUGUCGAGGACGAAACACUUUGCGCAGAUGCAGACCGCGCUCGACUACGAAGACUUCCUCAAUGGGCUUUGCUACGAGGAGGCGUUGCGCAAGGCGGCGGCUCAGUUGCAGCACUAUCGUAAGAUGGGUAUCUUGACGCUGGACGAUGCGAGCGCGUACGAGCGGGACAAGGCGGAACGAGCCCGCAAAGCAGCCGAGCUCGCAGCUGGAGGAUUGGCGGCUUUCCCAGCAUCUGGUGCCGCAGCAACACCCAUCGCAGCAGCGGCUCGGCCACGCAUCGACGCCGCACGUGCCCGACAGCGCGACACGAGCACACCAACGCCCAUGGACGAAACGCCCGCCGCGUCAACAGUCGCAUCAGCCACAGCAGUCAACGGCAAGGAGAGCAAGAAGGACAAGGAGGCGAAAGACAAGGAGGCGAAAGCGGACAAGGACGGCAAGACCAAGAAGGGCGCCAACGGUGACGAGCCCAAGACACCGCGUAAGCCGCCGCAACCGCUCAACCUGGCCAAAGCACCGUCGCUCAACCUGCUCACGCCCGCCGAGGCGCAGCUGUGCUCUGCCCUGCGUAUCCUACCUCAACCGUUCUUGCUGAUCAAGUCGACGCUGAUCGCCGAGUUCAUCGCGCGCGGUGGCAAGCUGACCCGCCGCGAGUGCCGUCUGUUGGUCAAGAUUGAUGUCAACAAGCUCGGCAAGGUGUGGGACUUCUUCAACGAGAUGGGGUACUUCGAUGCUGCUCGCGAGGCCGGCUGGACGGGUGGGAUAGGCUCGCCGCCGCGAAGCAAGGAUAAGGAGGUGAAGAAGCCCGACUGGCUGGAUGGAAACAUGGCCAUGUCGGCGAGCUACUCGUUUGCGCCGAGCGCUGGCGCCAAUGGCGUCAAUGGCACGGCCAAUGGUGUGGGCCCCAGUGGUGGUGGUGGAGGACUGUUCGGCAAGGCCUUUGGGAGCUCUGCACCACCGACGAGCAACGGUGGCGGACUGUUCGACCUUGCCCACUCGAGUAGCGGUGUCACGUCGGCACAGCACCAGCAGGCGCUCAUGAACCACAACGGACGCGGUGUACCGCUCGUCUCCACCCCAGGUGCCACCAACGGAGUCCAUGGUACCAGCAGCGGUGCCGCUUCGCCCAGCAUGGGAUCGCAGAGCCCCAGCAAGGCCGAAAAGUAUCGCCCCACCGCUGCCGUCUGA